UUCCUCCCCCUUCCCCCUCCCGUCCCGAGCUGGGUUGCUCAGUUUCUUUCGCCCCGCAGCAGUCGAAAGACCGCACCAGUUCGGGCGUCUCCACCCUGAGACCAGCAAGCAAACGGCUCUCGGCGCGGACGCUCAGUUCAAGGCAGCGCGGCGGACUGAUCGUUUCCCCACCCAUCCCCGCUUCCCUCUCCAGGAUUAUCUCUACACGGGGCCUCUCCGGGAGCAAGGCAACAUUUACAAGCCCAACAACAAGGUCAUGGCUGACGAACUGAGCGAGAAGGAAUUCCAGGACGUCCACACCAAAGAAAUCGACUUAGUUAACCGGGACCCCAAGCAUCUCAACGACGAAGUGGUGAAGAUUGACUUUGAAGAUGUGAUUGCCGAACCUGCAGGAACCCACAGUUUCGAUGGGAUCUGGAAGGCCAGUUUCACCACCUUCACUGUGACAAAAUACUGGUUUUAUCGCUUAUUGUCUGCAAUCUUUGGCAUUCCCUUGGCUCUUAUCUGGGGCAUUUAUUUUGCCAUUUUGUCCUUCCUCCACGUCUGGGCUGUGGUGCCUUGUAUCAGAAGCUACCUAAUUGAGAUCCAGUGCAUUGGCCGAGUUUAUUCUAUCUUUAUCCAUACCUUCUGUGACCCGUUCUAUGAGGCUGUUGGCAAAAUGCUGAGCUCUAUCAGAGCAACAAUAAGAAAGGAAGCAUAAAUGACAUUUCAAGGAGCUGAAGAAUGAGCUCCCCCCGCCCUUCAUAGUUUGGUGCCAGUCUCAAGGCUGCCAUAAAUUAAUAAAGUGACCGGCACUUAACAGCAUCACUCCAAAAAAAAAAAAAAACCAACUUGAAUGCAGCAAAUAAUUCCUUUUUAACUUUCUUCACUACUUAAUCCCUCCUGGAUCUAUGCUAUUUACUCUUUUCAGGAGGAAAGUCAAUUUGCAUUAAACAAACACAAACAAAUUAAAUAGCCGCUCGUCCAUUUCACCUGCUUGUUGUUUUGCUGACCUUUGAUGAAUUGACUUCUAUUCUGCUUACCCCUUCCAUUCAUUUGUUGCAAAUUAAACUCACAUUGAUUAUAAUGCAGAACUGCAAAUACCCUUUCCAGCACUAUCACACUGCUCUUCAUUUUACUGUGAGUAAAAGAAGUAUAAAAGCUACUGCAGCAUAAUGCACAUGGCAACAAGCUGGCAGAUGUCAACAGAAUGUUCCUUUUAUAGAUGUAUUGUCAGAUGACUGUAGCGCUUUACUGUAGUGACCAUAUCUAAUUGCCACACACAGAUUUAAAGAAAUGACUACUGUAACAUAUGUGCUGAGAAAAAGGAGAUCAAGUGUCUUUAAAAAGACAAAGCUUUCGAUUCAAAUAACUGGGCAUGUUGACAAAAAGCUGCUAGUACUGCUUCUGUCUUAUUUUGUAAUCCCCAUGAGAGAGUAUUUGGAUUAUAAAUAUAUAAUAUAUGUCACUGAGAGAAAAUGUAAAGGGGAACCUUAGUGCUUUUCUUUAACCAAAUAAUUUAUGAAACCCUGUUGACACUGGCAUGCGAGUGGACCCUUUUUCUUUGAAAUCUUCUUAACUAGAAAUGGCAGGAUGUGAAUAAACAGCUUUUUAGAAAUAUGACACAAUUUUAUCUCUGAACAAAGACUUCUAAAAUGUUCAAUCUAUAAAUCCAAAGUCAAGGUAGGAUUUUUAUUUUCUGAAAAUGCUUCCAUGAAGAAAAUCCUUAUGGUGUGCACAUAUUGAAAGUUAAUUUAUCCCUAGAUUAAAAUAGCAAGGACACUAUUGUGUUUAAUUUUUUUAGCAUCAUUCUUAAGAACAGAUGUUCCAAUUAAUUUAAAUAAAACUUACUACAAAGGGACUAAUUAUUCCCUUAAAAGUAGACAGCAAGGUAUGUACAAAUUGUGUUGAAUCAUGCCAACUAUAUACUGGGUUUUAAGAGUGAUUUGGCUGUUUUCUAUGAGAACAGAUUUAAGAAUCUUUAAAACAAAUUCAUUAAAUCCAAGCAGGUCCCCCAGUCUGCUAGUUCUAUUUACACAUUGCUAACUUUUCCCUAACCAUCCAUACAAGUGGUUUAGGCAGCACUAUGUUAUAGUUCACCUUCCCCCACCCACCCUUUCUAAACUGAACUAUACAUAAUUCAAGGAGCUUUCCAGGUGCAUAAAACUGUAUGAAAGAUACAGAAAUAAAACAUUUAUAGUGUUAUUUAAUAGUGUGUUGCAGAAUCUUUACUGUCACCACAGUGACAAUGAAGUGAGAGAAUAGCUUCAUUGGUUUUUCAUGAAUGUGCUGCUUUCCUUAAAGCUAUUAAACAAGAUCAUCUUUCUUAAAUAUAAACUGAAGAAUUUCAAAGUGUGUUCUGCUUUUGUUAGAAACUAGUUACAAGGGUGACUUACUUGGAUCUUGAGUAUCUAGAAUAGGUUCCAGUUACAGCCCUAGCCUAAUUAAUAAUAAUGUCCUGACUAGUUUUUUUAAACUAUCUGAUUGCUUCAACCUGUCUAUAUUUUUAGUGCAAGUCUAAGCAUAAUCACUAAGAGAUUGGUAUCCAUCAACCGAGGGAGGCAAGUACUGAUCUCAAACAUGUUGCUUAUCUGAACUGGAGCUCAAAUGGCAUCUCUCUUCUACACCAACCUAAAGUUGCCCCUGUAAAAUAAAAAUAAAAAUCCACUCGUAUAACCUCAACGCUUCAUCCUGCCAUAUGACAGGACCAGUUCUGAAGGGGAGAUCUUCAGGGCAAUUGAAACUAACAUUUUACCAAAAUUGUUCGGAUAAUCUGUAAAUGCCUUGCUUUUUGCAAAUACAGGUUUUACUAAGAAUAA